AUGGCGUUCAUUCCAGCUUCUGGUGCCACAUCGCAUGCGUCGCAAGCUCCGGUCCAAACUCCGGAGCCGCCUUUCGCCCACCUCAUCCAUUUCGAGGUUGCAAACCUCCUUCUCGCCUGCCGACACCCUCAGAUCCUUACAGGCACACCGAUGGACGUUUCUCCUGGUCCAUUGGGAAAGACGGCGAUUGCCACCGGACUUUUGUGCUCCCUCCUCAUGCCAAUCACCCGGCAAUUCUUCCUGCCUUUCCUUCCCGUUGCCGGAUGGCUUAUCUUCUUCUAUGGAUGCCAAUUCGUUCCCAGCGAUUGGCGGCCUGCCAUUUGGGUUCGAGUGUUGCCCGCCAUGGAAAACAUCUUGUACGGUGCCAAUAUCAGCAACAUUCUAUCCGCCCACCAAAAUGUCGUGCUUGACAUUCUGGCAUGGAUUCCUUACGGACUCUGCCAUUACGGAGCGCCAUUCGUCGUUUCACUGAUCCUCUUCUUCUUCGGGCCUCCGGGAACUACCCCUCUGUACGCCCAGGCUCUCGGAUACAUCAGCAUGAUCGCCGUCUUCAUCCAGUUGGCUUUCCCUUGUUCGCCACCCUGGUAUGAAAAUCUGUAUGGUUUGGCACCGGCCGAUUACUCUAUGCAAGGAAACCCAGCUGGUCUUGCUCGCAUUGACAAGUUACUGGGUAUUGAUCUCUACACUUCGGGCUUCAAGCAGUCCCCUGUUGUUUUCGGUGCAUUCCCCUCGCUCCAUGCUGCCGACUCUACCCUGGCAGCACUAUUCAUGAGCCACGUCUUCCCGCGGUUGAAGCCCCUCUGGGUUACCUACACACUGUGGAUGUGGUGGGCUACCAUGUAUCUUUCUCACCACUACGCGGUUGAUCUGGUCUGCGGGGGCCUACUCGCCACAGUUGCCUUUUACUUUGCCAAGACCCGGUUCCUCCCCCGAGUACAGGCCGACAAGAUGUUCCGCUGGGACUACGACUACGUCGAGAUCGGUGACUCUUCUCACGACCACAGUUAUGAUCUUGCUAGCUUGGAUGGCGAUUUCAACUUGGACAGCGACGAGUGGACCGUAGGAUCUUCUUCGUCCGUUUCUUCGGGCUCUCUGAGCCCGGUGGACGAUCAUUACACGUGGGAAAGCGAAACUCUCACCUCGAAUCACGACAUCGAGGCUGGACGGUAA